GGCGUACUUUUCUAUCGACUGGAAUAUUUGACCGCAAGUUUGUUGAGAAAGUUGCCGAUAACCUUCAGCAGAGUCCGCAUUUAUACGUAUAGUUUGUUUAUACUACUGUAUAAAUGAAAUUUCACGCGUAGCAUAUGCCAAUACGCUAGUUACCUCGCUAGGUGAUCUUAAAAAGCCUGAAAUUGGAUUAACAUCGGCUGGAGCUAAACUAGCUAACGUCAGCUAAAGAAGUAACGUCAACAUUAGCGUUUGGUUUUUUAUCUAUGUUAACGUUAGCUAGUUAGCUAGUUGCUGUAUCCCCUCAAUUAUAUCGGAUGGCAGGACUUAACUAGCCUGUCACGGUAGUUUGGAACAAUAAAUGAACCUACUGGAUGCGUUAUGUUAUGUUAUGUUAUAUGUUGGUCUAGCUUGUUGUUAAUGUCGAUGUGGUUUUAACCAACUGACAGGCUUAUAGCUAACGACGCCGUUUGGUUGCUAGUUUGCUAUCCUCCUACCUUUACCAUGGAUAACUAUCAUCAAAGGUAUGACACUUCUGGCCAAAGCCGAGAAAAUAAGUUGCACCGCAAAAAGGGAUUCGUCGCGGGAGUGGUAAUGGGGAAUUCUGGAAGUGAAGAUACAGAAAGGAAACCAAAGUUUCAAUUAAACAUUAAAAAUCUCACGGACGAUGUGCUGGACCGCUUUGCCAGCAUCCGCAUCCCGGGGAGCAAGAAGGAGCGUCCACACCUGUCACACAUGAAGCCCUCCUCGUCCUAUGAUGGCUCCACUUCUGCUGAGGUUGAAGAACUGUCCUCCAAAAUCACCUCUGAGAAGGAGAUCUUGGCCCUCUUCGAGAAAAUGAUGGAGGACAUGAACCUGAAUGAGGAUAAGAAAGCCCCUCUGCGGGAGAAGGACUUGAACACCAAGCGAGAGAUGGUCAUCCAGUACGUCAUGACGGCUGCCAAAACGGGCAGUCUGAGGAGCAGUCAUCAGAUUUCUCCCCAGGAGUUCCUGAGCGAGCUGAAGGCUGGAGUUGUAGAUGAGCGCCUUUUUGCCUGCCUAGACUCUCUCAGGGUCUCCCUCACCAGCAACCCUGUCAGCUGGGUGCAGAGCUUUGGACAUGAAGGACUUGGGUUGCUCCUGGACACCCUGGAGAAGCUCCUCUUCAAGAGACAUCAAGAGAAAGUGGACCGGAAAAGUCAACACAAAGUUAUCCAAUGCCUCAGAGCCUUCAUGAAUAACAAGUAUGGUCUGGAGAGGAUCCUUGGGGAGGAGAAGAGUCUGGCUCUGUUGGCGCGUGCGAUGGACCCCAGCCAGCCGGCCAUGAUGACGGACGUGGUCAAGCUGCUCUCAGCCAUCUGCAUAGUGGGAGAGGAGAACACUCUGGAGAAAGUUCUGGAAGCCAUCACCAGCGAGGGGGAGCGUCGCGAUCUCAGCCGCUUCACCCCCAUAGUGUUGGGCCUGAAAGACCGGUCUGUGCCACUGCAGGUUGCGUGCAUGCAGCUGAUCAACGCGCUGGUGACCUCACCUGAGGAGCUGGACUUCAGGCUGCACCUGCGGAACGAGUUCAUGCGCUGUGGUCUCAAGGAGGCGUUACCGCAUCUGGGGGCCGUGAGGAACGAGGCUCUGGACAUCCAGCUGAAGGUCUUUGAGGAGCACAAAGAGGAGGACAUGAUUGAGUUCUCGCACCGCCUCGAGGACAUCAAAAGUGAACUGGAUGAUGUGGGGGAUGUGUAUAAUGUUGUGCUGAGUGUGGUGCGGGAGACGCCAGCCGAGAGCCACUUCCUCUCCAUCCUGCAGCACCUCAUGCUCGUCAGGAACGACUACUUCGUCAGGCCUCAGUAUUUUAAGGUCAUAGAUGAGUGCGUGUCACAGAUUGUUCUACAUCGCAGUGGCACCGAUCCUGACUUCGCCUACCGCAAACGUCUGGAUGUGGACUUCAGCCAUCUAAUAGAUGUGUGUGUGGAUAAAGCCCGGGCUGAUGAGUACGAGCAGAGGGCGUCGGAGUUGGCCCAGAAGUUUGAUGAGGAGUUCAUUGGACGACAGGAAGCUGAAGCUCAGCUCCUGAAGAGAGAUGAGAGGAUCACACAGCUGGAAGCAGAAGUACAAGCCUACAGGUCUCAGUUUGGAGCAGUUGCCGUCCCCUUAUCCACAGUGCACUCUUCCUCCUCCUCUACCUCACCAGCGGGACCUCCUCCUCCUCCUCCUCCUCCUCCCCUUCCACCUGGCGCCGGAGGAGUCGGCCCACCGCCCCCUCCGCCGCCCCCGCCCCUGCCGGGCGGCACUCCCGCUCACGCCAUGAUGCCCCCCCCCAUGUGCGGCGUGCCCCCGCCUCCGCCGCCCGGCGGGCUCCUGGGCUCCCCCACACACCACCAGCUGCCUUUCGGCCUGCGGCCCAAGAAGGAGUUCAAGCCUGAGACCUCCAUGAAGCGCCUCAACUGGUCCAAGAUUCGGCCGCAGGAGAUGUCGGAGAGCUGCUUCUGGAUCGCGGCCAAUGAGGGCCGCUACGAGAACCCUGACCUGCUCGCCAGACUGGCCAACACCUUCAGCUCCAACAGACCUGGUAAGAAAAAUGAGGAAGGCAUGGAGCAGAAGAAACCUUCUAUCAAGAAGAGAAUCAAGGAGCUGAAGGUGCUGGACCCAAAGAUUGCCCAGAACCUCUCUAUCUUUCUGGGCUCUUUCCGCAUGCCUUAUGAGGAGAUCAGAAGAACAAUCCUGGAGGUGGACGAGGAGCAGCUCUCUGAACCCAUGAUCCAGAACCUGGUGAAACAUCUCCCAGAGCAGGAGCAGCUGAAUGCCCUGGCCCAGUACAAGAGCGAGUACGCCAGCCUGUCUGAACCUGAGCAGUUCGGAGUCGUGAUGAGUAGUGUGAAGCGUCUGAAGCCGCGGCUCAACUCCAUGCUCUUCAAGCUGCAGUUCGAGGAGCAGGUGUGCAACCUGCGGCCGGACAUCCUGGCGGUGAACAGCGCCUGCGACGAGGUGCGCAAGAGCAAGAGCUUCAGCCGGCUCCUGGAGCUGGUGCUGCUGCUGGGCAACUACAUGAACUCCGGCUCCCGCAACGCCAAGUCCUACGGCUACGACCUCAGCUCCCUCUGCAAGCUGAAGGACACCAAGUCUGCAGACCAGAAGUCCACGCUGCUCCACUUCCUGGCUGAGGUGUGUGAGGAGAGGUAUCCCGAGGUACUGCGCUUCGUGGAGGACCUACAGCACGUGGACAGAGCCAGUAGAGUUUCAGCCGAGAACCUUGAGAAGAGCCUGCGUCAGAUGGAGCGGCAGCUGGAACAGCUGGACAGAGACCUGCAGACCUUCAGCUCCCCUCAAGACCAGCAAGACCUGUUCACCAUCAAGAUGACCAGCUUCUCCCAGCAGGCUCGGGAGCAGUACCAGAAGCUGGCCACCAUGCACGGCAACAUGGCCGCCCUCUACCACAACAUGCUGGAGUACUACGCCAUCGACCCCAAGAAGACCUCCAUCGAGGAGCUGUUCACCGACCUCAGCAACUUCAGGGCCAUGUUUGCGCAAGCGGUGAAGGAGAACUGCAAGCAGCGCGAGGCCGAGGAGAAGCAGCGGCGGGUGCGGCUGGCCAAGGAGAAGGCUGAGCGGGAGAAGCAGGAACGCCAGCUCAAGAAGAAGAGACUGCUGGAGGUCAACGCAGAGAACGAUGAGACGGGGGUGAUGGAUAGUCUGCUGGAGGCUCUGCAGUCUGGCGCUGCCUUCCGAGACCGCAGGAAGAGAGCACCACGGCCCAGAGAUGUGCCGUCUCAAGCGUUGAGCCCCAGCUCUCAGCGACCCAUUCUGAGGCCCAGUACCCACGAAAACAUACGGCCCCCCCUCCAGAGGUCGCGCUCUCGGCAGAACAUGGUGCUGACCUCAUGUGCCCGGCCCCCCGCUGCCCGUGAGCCCCAUCAGGAGGUCGACCCCCGCCGAGGCGCAGGCCAGCGCGCCGACCGGGAGAAAGAGAGGGAGAGGGAGAGAGAGAGGGAGAAGGAGAGAGAGAGGGAGAAGGAGAGAGAGAAGGGGAGAGAGAGCCCCGCCACAACGCCUUCAGCUCCUCCAGCCAAUGGCGGGGACACAGACGUGGAGGCCCUGCUUGCUCGACUCAGGGCGCUGUGAGCAGGAAGGUGGCCACACACACACACACACACACACACACACACACACACACAUUUGUGUGUGUUGGGGGGUGGGGGGGGUCUGGUCUUUCGGCUGUCUCUUUUCUCACAUGGUGUCAUCUCCCUAAACCCCCUGUUUAUCACUCCUAGUGUGAGCUGUGAGCAGCAGAGACGGCAGCAGUCCCAGUGCUCCCUUAGCCGCUACCUCUCGCUCUCUCUCUCGCUAACUCUCUCUCUCUAAUUCUCUCAAGUCCAACCCAGAGGUUAAGCGCCCCCAGCGUUUUAGGCAGCAUGUGUCCGCGCCGCGGCGAGGGAAGGAAAUUGAUCUCGUUCCAUAAAGCUUUUUGUGUAAAUGCAACACGACGGUGCCCGUGCACAUCAUAAACACACCCCGGCAAUGAAGGGAAGGAUCAUGCGCCUGAUAGACUGAUAGCGUCUCAGUCAUAUUUAUGAGAACGUUUUCCCCCGCACGGCUUUAUAUGAUAAUGUGGAGGGCAGCGUGCUCACAGCGGCUCUCUCUGGGGACUCUGUCCAUUGUCACUCCAGCUUCAUUCCAAUGAUUGAAAAUGACUGGUCCGCUCAGUGUGUUCAGCAGUUCAGGUUGCAAACACACACACACACACACACACACACAUGCACACACAUACUCACAAAUGACAAUCCUCUGUGGUGAAGGGAACACACACUAACAGUGUGUAUUUUAUAUAUAUGGCAGUUCAGCAGGCUUUACUGAGGGAAGUAGGGGCCUUGCACUUAACUCUGCAUUCCUUUGCACAAUAAUAAAGCACUUCUUAAACCUAUACGUCCCGCUGCAAAGGUUUCAUAUUUAACUCCAGACAAUUAGAUUCUUCACUUUAAAUUUAUACAGUCAUAUACAACCGAAUCACACAUUAAGAGUAUUUUUGUAUAACCAAAAGCAAUUAAAAAGCUUAUUCUUUCUUAUUAAACAAAAAUUCUAUGCAAUGCUUUUUAAUUGGCAUCUUUCAGAUCUUUUGCAAUUUAUUGUCUUAUCUUUCCAACUAAAAAGAAUGGUUUUAUGCAAAUAAAUAUGUUAACAUUUAUGCAGAGAAAUAUUGCAAUGUUUUCUAUCUCAGACACCUCCUUCUAUACAUAAUAUAUUGGCUUGUAUUUUCUCUGUAAUGAUAUGUAGAUCUGUUUGUUGUUAAACUGUCAUCUUCCUUUGAUUUUGAUAUGUUCUUGCUCUCUUCGUUUGUAUGUGUGUCUGUGUCUGUGUGUGUGUGCGCGUGCGCGCGUGCGUGCGUGCGUGUGCGUACUUCUGUGCGCUCGUAUGUAUGUGUGCAUUGGACUGUUAAAUGCAAUUUUUAUGGGAUCCCUGCAUGUCUUAGCCAUGAUCAUGUCAAAGCUUACAGACGUGAGCAUACUACCAACAUCAUGCAUGGGAAUAAAAAUACAUCCAAUUACUCCACCUGAAUGUAAUUUUACUUUGUGCUUUUAUGAUAUUUUUGUGUCCUAAUCAAGUAUUAUACUCUUUCUUACUCUGAAAACAAACAAAUGUUAAAUUGUUUAAAUACUGUUAGACAUAAAGGAAGUUUUUGUAGACUCAAUUACGA